GAACUCGAGUUGAUCCCCCGAAAGCAAGGAAAUACGAUGUGCUUAUAAAGAAAUGGCUCAAAUUGAGCCAAAUUUUCGGGGGUUGUAGAAGCUUAUUGUACAUAAUUUUACUUUUAAACACGGGGGAUACUUAUUACCGUAGUGAUUUUAAUGAAGAAGUGUUCUACAACGUCGGAAAAGAACAACACAUGGAGAGGAAUUACAACACGCACACCGAGACUGCUUUGUUGAUAUGACGGGAUUGGAAUAGUGGUCAUUAUAAGAUAAAACAACGUAUUUUCUCUCUUAACUUUUCUUUCAAGGAGAGAAGAUUCCAAGGGUUACUAAUGCAAGAAGACCUUCGCAUUUACAACUCCAAAAUAAGUGCAUUUAGUAACUUCAAAAAGAUUAAGCUGGAAGCAGUUCCAGAUCUGCAUGAUGUAGUUUCAACAAGAGGACCAAUACUUCCACAUAGCCCGGUAUUUUAUGCGUCGGAUAUUCCACAUUAUAAAUCCCAUCAGUCUCAACUGGAGACUGCAGUAACAAGCGCAACUGCUUUUGUUUUCCCACAACACAGGGAUGCAUUUACAAACUUGGAAAACCAAACCCAUAAUUACAUUCGAGCGUCGACUAUAAAGCUGCGUGAUAAUUAUCACCAGAGAUGUGGUACUAAGCGUAAAUGUGACGAUCUCAAUGCACCAAUGCAGCUCACAGAAACACAAGCUGUCUCGAGCGAGGAUGACAACACCACCAACAACAAUACAACAACCACCACGACGACGACGACCACAUCAAAGACGACGUCCUCUUCCAACACUGAGGGUGACUACCAGCUGGUGCAGCAUGAGGUCUUGUACUCGCUCACCAGCCACAACACCUAUGAGGUGUUGGAGUUCCUGGGUAGAGGGACCUUCGGCCAGGUAGUAAAGUGUUGGAAGAAGGGCACCAAUGAGAUUGUUGCUAUAAAGAUUCUGAAGAACCACCCGUCAUAUGCGCGGCAGGGUCAAAUAGAAGUAAGCAUACUGACAAGACUCAGUCAUGAAAAUGCAGACGAGUUCAACUUUGUGCGGGCAUUUGAGUGCUUCCAGCACAAAAAUCAUACAUGUCUGGUGUUUGAAAUGUUGGAGCAGAACUUGUAUGAUUUUCUGAAACAGAAUAAAUUUCAGCCAUUACCCCUGAAAUACAUCCGUCCGAUUACCCAGCAGGUUUUGACGGCCCUUCUUAAGUUGAAGAGCCUCCACCUCAUCCACGCGGACUUGAAACCAGAAAAUAUUAUGUUAGUUGACCCAGUAAGGUUUCCUUACAGAGUCAAGGUUAUAGACUUUGGAUCAGCAAGCCAUGUUUCAAAAGCGGUGUGUUCAACGUACCUGCAGUCUCGCUAUUACAGAGCUCCAGAAAUCCUCCUGGGCUUGCCUUUCUGUGAAGCGAUUGACAUGUGGUCUUUGGGGUGUGUGAUAGCUGAACUGUUCCUGGGAUGGCCUCUAUAUCCGGGCUCCUCCGAGUAUGACCAGAUUCGAUAUGUCUCACAAACACAGGGGCUACCUGCCGAACACAUGCUAAGUGCUGCUACAAAGACCACACGGUUCUUCAUUCGAGAGAACACCGACAGUAACUACCCCUUUUGGAGGUUGAAGACUCCAGAGGAACAUGAAGCAGAAACCAAAAUCAAGUCAAAAGAAGCCAGGAAAUACAUCUUUAACUGUCUGGACGACAUGGCACAGAUUAAUGUGCCGACAGACUUGGAAGGGAGUGAACUCUUGGCGGAAAAGAUUGACAGGAAGGAAUUUAUUGACCUUCUGAAGCGAAUGUUGACCUUGGACCAGGAGCGUCGGAUCAUGCCAGGGGAGGCCCUCAAUCAUCCUUUUGCAACCAUGGCACACUUGAUUGAGUAUGCCUGUAGUAGCAUGGUGAAACAGAGUGUUCAAGCUAUGGAGAUAUGCCGGCGAACUGUGAAGAGUAUAUUCGACAUCAAUCAAAAUGGUGGAGGGCUGAUGUCCAAUCUGGUACCAACAUCCACAGCCAGUCUGACAGUGACCUUCAACAACCAGAUAAAUGCCCUUCACACACAGAUGGCAUCCCAGAACUUGGCCGCUUCUUCCCAUCAAGCGGCGCCCGAGCUCCAGUACCUGCCAUACCCACUACAGUCCCGGCCCUACAUCCCCUACCAGGCCUCACAGGUCAGCCAGCCUCUCCCUGGGGCGAGUCAACGAUCCAACACACAGUUCAACAGAGACCCCUUCAUACAUGUGUCGUCCAUCGUUGUACCGGGUACUCUCCAAGGUCUCAGCUCGCCGACCAGAUACAACCAUGUUCCCAUGGUAACACAAGCUGCUCCUACGCUACAGUUACAGCCGCAAUUGAUAACACAGCCGACCACACAACAGAUCACGCCCGUAACAAUGCUAGAGGGUGGUAGACCAGUGUUAAUGACAAAUGCCCCAGGAGGUGCAUGGCCACAUGCGGCGGCAGCAGCGGCGGCGCAGCAGGUACUUGUGGGGUCGUGGCAGCAAAUCCCUGGCCUACCCACGCAGCGGUCUGUCCAGCAGCCCCUGCUCACAGAGACGCUCGCAUCACAGGCCCUCCCAGACAGCUGGCGCCAAUCCAUCGUCCUAGACAGUUUCGACCAGUCUUCAUUGGCCCCGUUGGCCCCGUUGGGGUCAACGUCGCAGCAGUGGAACAUUGGGAUGGUUCCCACUACCUACAGUCUGAGUGGGCAGCACUCCUCGUCACAGUCGAGCAAACGCCACACGAAACAGGGAAGGACGUCUAUGAAGGAGCCUACGUCGACACACCUAUCUCCAGUGAAAAAACGUGUUAAGGAGAAUACACCACCAGACUCUUUACUCCAGCAGGAUGCAGCUCAGACAUUGUGUAACUGGUCCAUGUCCCAGGGGCGGGAGCAACGUCAACCAAUCGUAAUCGCGGACACUCCCAGCCCUGCUGUCAGCAUCAUCACGAUCAGCUCAGACAGUGACGAUGAUGCAGAUCACAAGCACCACAGUCGCAGGGGUAAGAAUAACCAAGGCGUCCAUUUUGUGCAGCCUACUACACGGAAUUCACAAGCCUUUACGUCCUCUUUGGCAGGCUCUACAGCUGACUCUUUCGAUUCACUGAGAGGAAGGAAGAACAACAGUGUCAUAGUGGCUGAUGUACAGGACAUCGAUUUUGAGGAGAGUAUAAAUUCCUACAACAAGAAACAGAUUAUCCUCACGCCCAUUAAGCAUGAGGAGGUUGAGCGGUCAACUCUGGCCACUAACCCGUCGUCCCACUACCUGUACACCAACAGUCUAGGCUUGCCCAGCACCACUACCACAGCCCUGGUGCCACCCAUGAUAUCCAGCAGCUUUGACACCAAGCCCAGGAAGAUGCGGGAACAGGCAAAGGUCUCACCUUACAUGGCAAACAUUCCAAAGCAAGAAACCUCUGUUCCCACAUCAAUGGGGAGAAUCCACGACAGGAACCGUGGCAUGCGUAGUCCCAAACUGGAAGUGAGGCUUCCCCCGCUGGAGGUGGAGAUCAACAGUGCUGCGCUUCAAGGCAAACUUGCUUAUGUGUCACCAACAGUGCGGCCGGGACAUAGCUCACAAAAGUUGGCGGCCACCCAGAGUCUUGUGUCCCAGAAUGGGUCAGUUCUAGGGGGCAAGCACUGGUCAGGCAAUAUUAACUUUGGUAGUCGGCAUGCUGCUGGGACUAGCCAGCUUUCACCUGUGCAAGGGGGCGUCUCUCUCACACAGCCUGUGUUCCUUAGUGCUGGCACACAGAUGGAAUUCAACAGAGACUACCGUCGACCCCCCGCUCUACAGGGAAGUCCAAUUCACCACUACCUUCUGCCUGCUCAUCAACAGCCACAAGUGGCUGCUAUCCCGGCCGGCAUCAGUCAAUAUGCGCCUUUCUCCCCCAGCGUGGCUCCGCCUCCGGCCCACCAGAGCCCACGACACGUCCAAUACACCACCCAGCCAUUACCAGCACACGUACACCCAGUUCUGCAGUCGUCCACCCUUCCGGCGGGGCCCUACCAGCCCCAGCUGACUUCACAGUACGGAGUGGGGGCUGCCACUACUGGCUUGUAUGCGACCUACCCUCUCAGUCCCAACAAGGGCAGAUCAUAUCAGUAUUUCGCAUGAUUUCUAAUCUUUGUGUAUGGCAGCUGAUCAACUAUCAAAUUCCUUGUAUACAGUCCACCCUUGAUUUUCUAAAGUUUUAAUCAUGUCCUGAAUAUGCAUCGAAAUCGUUGCAAAAAUAAGACUGCAUCGAACCUAUAAUCAGGUAGAAAAAGACAUCUGAUUUUUAUGUUUUUGUUCUUACUACAAUUUUACAAUACGAGGUGUUAAGUUUCAUUACAGAAGAUAUAUUAUUAGAGUCUUAUAAAAGUUUUGAUUUUUACUGAAGUUUUAAUGACUUUAAUGGUUUAGAUUUGAUUGAGAGUGAUCUGUAUACUAUUAUAUUCUAGUACUAUACCGAUGGUGCUAAUAGGCAGACAUUGUACCAACAUAGGCUGACAUAGUGUAGCAAUGGCUGAGGAAGUGUGUGGGCUUGUACUGUAACGUGACAGGCUACUUAGAGCAUACACGCCACACGUUUUAUGUGCAUCAUGAUCGUAAGUCAGUGGCGACAUCAGGAUGGUGCAAUAUCGUCGUACAUAGAUGUGACACCAGAAUGGUGCACCAUCGCCAUUGUAACUGGAGACAACUGCGCCAGACGGGUGCAUCAUCAUAGAUGACUGGUAUAUCGUCUUUGUUGAUGACACCGACUCAAAGCUGUUUCAUUAUUUACUGGUGACCGUACUAGCACCUCCCAGGCCACAUGGUCACGUUCAAUGGUGCAAUGAGGCAAAGCUUGGUUGUGAUCUUUUUAAUGCAGCAUUUCAAAAUCUUUAAAGCAUUUCAGAACGAAAGAAAAAUGUGUGUAAUGGUAUUAUUCUCAAGAAAAGAUUCUGAAUGAUAUUUUUUGGAAAGAAAUUGAAUGUGAAAAUGCUAGCAAUACAUGUUAUGUUUAUUAAGAUUUACAGAAAUAUGUAUGAAAAGUGCUGGAAUUUCAAAAUCUGACGUUUAAACAUGCUUCACAGAUCUUGAAGUGCUCCAUGUGUUCUUUUUUAACUUAAAUUAUAUAAGAGGAAAGUUAAAUCAUCAUCAUGCUUACAAAUUUUAAUAAGAUAAUCUUGGCACUUUGUAUUUUCAAUUUAGGCUUUUCUAUCAAGAGACGAUACUGUCUUGCUACAUGUGCAUGUUGGUUAAACAGUGCUGUGCGUCUAUCCACUUCCAAGAGACUGUUGUUCCUGUCUCCUCUGUGUUGCCCACACAUUUGAUAUUUUAUCCAUCAUUUAAAACUGUACAGAACGGUAUAGGGUGAUCGUAACUUUGUACACAAACUUAACAUGAUCUUAUUAGGUGUAGAGAAUCCAGCAUUUAUGUGGUUUAUAUGGCAUUGAGUAAGUCAUUGAUUUAUCAUCAGUUUUACCUUCACAUUUCCUAUGUAUGUUCAUUAUUGAAUUGGAUGAGUGACUUGACUACAAAAUCAACUUCAGAACGACAUUUUAUAGAUACUCUGAGAGAAGCCAAUUUUUCGUGUGAUGUAGUCAGUCUGCUGUAUUUAUCACAUAUGCUCAACAAUGGAACAGGCAUUUAUAGUCAAAUGGGUUUUAAAUAGUUAUCCAUGAUUUGUAGUAAAUAUGUAUUAAAAUUUAAGUAGCAAGUACAAGUGAUUUUAGUGUACAAUAUUUUGUUGUGUAUUUCAUUUUAUAUUAUUAAUGAUAUAAGUCUGAACAUGUGUAAUAUUUUUAAAAAAAUCCACCUUAUUAUCCCAAUUUUUAAGUAGUUUUUAAUUUCUUGUUUAGGGGUUAAAUUUUAUGUUAGCAAUUUAGAGUUCACUGAUUUUAGCUGGAUAGAGUGUGUCAGCGCCAAUGCCUGCCUGACUCCGUCUAGAAGUUCAGGUGAUAAAGGGAGUAUAUAGGAUACCGCAGACAUUUGAUGAGACUACCUGCUUCUCGGUUGAUUAAAUCCAGACUAAGAUGUAAUUAUAUUGAAUGUCGAGUGUUUCAGUAAGGUGCCCACGUGUGUCGGCGACUUUUCCUGUUGAUUGAUUUUAUAUUAUGAGGUUAAAAUUAGAAAAAAAAACUAUUCUUCUUAUUCUAAAAAAUAAAUUACACCUGAAAUACAUCAAAAGAAAUAAAUUUGAUGUUAGAACAUGGAUAUCUAUACAAUAAAUUUGAUGUAAGAACAUGGAUAUCUAAAAUAAAUGACUAAUCCUAUUGAUUAAUUUUAGAUCUUCACAUUUUUGGGAACUUACUGUGUUCACUUCUGCGACAUUCUUUUCGAGUGAAUUUGUGAUUUUGAAUCUGACGUGAAAGUUAUUGAAAGAGUUCUUUCAAUGAAGUGUUUGAAUUGGGUAUAGCUGGAUUUCAAUGCAUAGACUUACUAUAAGCUCUUCAGCAUUUACUGUUCAAUAGUACAUGUCGAGUCACCUAGAAAGUUAGGAUGACAUUAAUGAGAAAGAGAUUUGAAACUUUCUAGGUAAAAAACUGUUCUGCUGUUGAUUUUGUGUCAAGUCUCUACAAAGUUUUUAAUACUAACUCUUUAUCACCAAUAUUUACACCAUUGUGUUAUAGUAAUGUCGGUUUAAUUUUGUGCAGCUGUUUCUUUGUCAGUGGGAGUGAUGUGUUGUUUUCAUAUGCUUCAAUUUGUACAGUGUAAAUUUUAAAAUAUCUUGUAGUGCCUGUGAUGAACUUGACAGAGAGAAGAAUUCAUAAUUCAAGAAAUACACCACAAAUAUUGUGUCGAUGAAAUGUGUAUACCUUUUGCGUUUGUCUGAAAGUCAAAUCAUACAAUAUGCCAAUACAAUUGUAGUAAAUAUAUUAUUAUAAUAUUAUCAAAUAUAUAUAUAUAUUAUAUCAAUCAAGUGCACUAUUUUUCUAUCAAGUAAUGAAUUGUAAAGACAAUAUAAAUAUUGAUAUUAUGUAAAUUAGCAUUUGUGAUUGUUGUAUUUAGUUGUAUUAAUAGUUCUUGGUGCACAUAGUGUAAGUCUUUCUCCCUUCCCCAUAUUUAAUUAGCAUUGUCCUGCCCGUAUAUAAUUACCACAGCAAUACUGCUAUUUAGUAUCAUUAUUUAUCUGACAGACUUGCAUCAUAAGUAGCGUAGUUAGUCUAGACCCCCAUUAACCCCCACAACCGUGUAGCUUCUUGUCUAAGCCAUAUAUGGUGCCAUUUUUAUUAUGAUAUAAUAUAUGAUAAGAGUUCAAUUGGGAUUUUGCAAAAGUCCAUGUAUAGUAAAUGAGCUAUAUUUUUUAACUUGGAGAAGCUGGCAAGAAAGAGGGAAUGAAGUGCAUGAUAUUCACAAGAGUAAUUAUUUUCGGGUUAAUAUUAUUAUUAUUUUUUUUUUUUUUUCAUUUGAAAAAUUUGCCUAGGAGAAAUUUGCUGUACAGAGUGAAGCUACGUAAAUGUGGUGGCCAAAUCUAACAAUUUGUAAUAUACCGUGAUAUGUUGAUAUAAUUCCCCCCUCCCCCCAUCUUGACGAAUAAUGUAUUUUACAUACAUAGAUGUAAAAGUAGCGGCCUUCGGGAAAUGUUACGUGUUUUUUGACCAGACACCCAUGUUUGUGUUUAUGCACAUAAACCAUUGUGAUACUCAAUGUUUGUACAAAGGGAAAACAUUAUGCCAAAGUUUGUGUAGAUUUUCAAUCGUUGACAUUGUAUGAUGGUAAUAUCGUCAAGAUUGUCAGCCUCACCUAACAUUGUAUAUUAUGUAUGUUGUAUUUACUGUGUGUUUGACUGUAGGCCAGAUCAUGUUUUAUCACUUGCCAGUAUUUGGGAUGUGGAUAGUCUUUCAUAACCUUUUUCCUUGUUGUUCAGUUUUAUUAUUAUUAUUUUUUGUUCAUUUUUCCCCCCCAAGUAUUUCAUAAGAAGGGGAAACAUUGUAGAAAAUAUAGGAUUUUUCCUUAUGUGGGAAAAUGUGAUAUCGGAAAAAAUUGUAUUCAUAAACAGAAUUAAGAAAUAAAUAAUUUUUCACUUUCUAUGUUGAAAACGAAAUGGACAGGCUCUCUGUUCUUAAGAACUUUAAGACUUGAAUUUUUUUAUUUAUUAAAUUAUAAAUAAGAUGGGGCUCAAUUGAUCAACUAGGAGGGAAUUGUGAUUGUCAGGUGCUGCAGUACCCCCACUUUUCUCCUGCAUACCAUUCUUGCACUUUUCCUGUUCUACUGUACUCCUUAAUUAGCCACCACUGCCAGGUAUCGCCACCCUAUAUCUAACACAAACGUCAGUAUUCCCGUCACUUAACAAUGUGUUCAGACAUAAUAUAUGUAGAGUUAAUGUUGGCAUUGCUAGAAGUGCUUGUUACAAAUUCCCGAAAUUAUAUCUUGUUUUUCGUUAUAUAAAGACAUUUAUUCUCAUACAAUAUCAUGCAUUAUGAUAAAAUUACAUAUUGAAGAUGACCGACUUCGGUCGCAGAAGCAAUAAUAUGCUAACAUUUUUUAGUCAUACGUAUUGAAUUAAUCUAUGCCUCUUAGCAAGUAUGUGCCCAUAGAUGUGGGUGUUAUUAUGGUGCAAUUGCAGUAAAACUGUCCAUUCCUCAUAGUUAUAGUGUAUACAGUAAGCUGCCCUCAUACUGAUUAUAAAUCAUAAUAGCACAUUAAGUUUACCUCAUCCUAGAAGAUAGUUACACAGAUUUGUUGUACAUACUAAUAUUCAUAGUAACUAUCCCAGAACUAAACAUGUUUAACUCGUUCACCCCUGAAGACGAAAUUGAACUCUUCCAAUUCAAAGGCUGGAAGGGUUCAUUAUGAAAUUUCAGGGGUGAAUGUGUUAACCUACCAAACGCUUCAUCCUGAAAGUGUCGGCUAACUUGCCUCAUGCUCUUCAUCCAUUCACAUCACAGCUUGCUAGGAUUGCUCGGGUGGCGUAAUACACUUGGUUUCCUCGUCUAAAAAAAUGUGCGAGUUCUGUGAGAUCCACAUUACUGUUAUCACUGUUGUGUAGGACAUCCCAAGCAGCUAUAGCCAACCCCACAAGUUCUACAACCCCAGGAUAGGCAUGUUUAUAUAUAGGUCAUGAAGCAGUUCCCUGUAGUCACAAUUUCCCGGUCAAAUCUUCAUGAGAAAAAUAAAAUAAAAUAAAACUGAACAACUGAUUUUAUUCUACCUGUGUGUGUUCAUUUUGAUUAUAUAUAAACUAUUAUCAAUAAUUAUUAUUGUUGUGUUUCAGCAUUACUUAUAAUAUUGUAGAACAGAAUUAUACACGUUUUUUGGUGCACCACACGUGUAUAGCAGUAGUGUGUCCCACAUUUAGUUCCCUUUGAAUUGUAUACAUCUUCGUAUGUACAUUUUUUGUGUGUAAUUUCUCAUAGAUGAUAUAGAAGUUUUUUUUAAAAUAUAUUCGGGUUUUUUUGCGUUAAAGAAAGUUGGAUUUGAUUUUCAAAGUUUGCUGUAGUUUCAUUUAUAGAAAAAAACCAAUAAAUGUUAUUAUAAAUAAUGAAAUAUAUAUUUGAUGAUUGAGAAAAGAUGCGUGCUACUGAAGUAAUGGCACAGAAAUAUCAAAACCCAGCAUGUGGUAGCAUUAGACUGUAAUUAUUUCUGUUUGGAUUAGAUAGGUUUUAGAAUCGGUUUUGGGUAUUCUUUGUUAGCUUUGUUAUGAAAUAUUUUAUAACCAUUGUUUGAACAAAAAGUUAUUCGGUGAUAAUUAAACAGGCAAUGUUUUGGAGAUGUGUACUCUGGUAGUCAAGUUUGUAGCAAUGUUUCGUUGCUUUCCAUCUGACCUUGGUGUUAGCUCAUUCACCCAUGAAGACGCAUUUGAACUCUUCCAAUUCAAACGUUGGAAUAGUUCAUUAUGAGAGUUCAGGGGUGAAUGAGUUAAGGUGUUUUUUAGAAUAGUUUUCCCCCAAUUAUGCAUAGUUUGAAAAUGAGUCUCAGCGCCAUUCCAUUAAAUAAGUUUGUUUUAAGAAUUUGUAACAUUGUUGCCUCGUACGAUUAGGACUCAAUAAUUUGAGAUAAUCAUGUGUUGUUAUCGCCAUUCAUUGAUGUAUGAAUUUAUAUGUAUUCGGAUAUCAUAGCAUUUCUCUUCUUACUCUUUAACUCAUAUUUAUGCAAAAAGAAUAUUAAAUUUGUACUUUAAAUUUGAUGAAUUAAUCUGGAGAUUCCUUCCCCCCCUUCACAGUAACUCAGUUACUUUUGAUCUAAAUGAACUAUGUUUUAAUUAUAUUUAUGCCGUUCUAUAUUUAAAGAAUUAUCCAAGUAGGACAAUGCUUUAUACAGCCAUCCAACAUUCACCUUCUACGGAGGCAUAUGUAAUGGUUGCGGAGAAUUUUUCUGUUGUCGAUAAUUAAUUUGUAAUAUUGGGAAUCAACAAUAACUGAAUUGUCCAGUUUUGAAAUUUCUAUGAUGCAAGUGAAGAAACAGUUUAAAGCUCAUUUAAUUUUUAGAGGCAAAUGUUUGGCCAUUACAGCAAUGAAGGAUGGAGUGGACAUUAUCAAUACAACAGCUGUAUAGUGUAGGGUUUGAAAAGGAUUUUAACAUGCCAUUUUGAAAUGUAGACAAAUAAUUACGAACACAUUAUGAAAGCUUUAAAAAUAUAUUAACCUUUUUCUGUACAAAUGUACGUGUCCAUUGCAAUUUUUUUCGAAAUAUAAAGUCAACAUUGUGUGUAUUCUGAUAUCAAGAUGUCUUCACUUGUAUCAUGGGAAUGGGCAAAACAGUUGAGCAUGCACCUAACAAUGCUUUGUCACUACUCAGGGUAGUUUAGAGAGAACCAUACAGUAAUAAUGUUAUUUUGAAUCAAAUUAUGAUCUGUCUUGUAAGUCGUGACCCCUGUUGUAUGUCUUAUCACCAUACUGUAUAUUUCCCCCUUUAUAAAUGGGAGAUUUGUCAUAUCAAUAUUGAAGAUAUCCAAAGUUUUAUAAUGUAAUAAUAUUAGCUUGCCUUUUGCCUUGUCUUAUUAACAAUAUUAUAUUUAUAUCAUCAUGUAUAUCAGGCACAUGUCAUUUGUAGAAUAUUGUACAAAUUCUACUGAUUAUUCUCCAUACCAUAGCAUUAUUAGCGUAUUUCGUAACUGAGAGAACAGAGCUUAGAUUGAAUUAUAGAUCGUCAAGUCAUCAAAUGAAAACAUACCUCUCUGCAUACCUGUCUCAAAACCUGUUUAUGAAGACUUAUACUCGUUCUUUGUCGCAGUUCAGAUCUUACUUAAUGCUGCAAUCUUUUCAUAUGUUUCUUGCCAAAUUCACUUGGAUCUUGAUAUGCAAGGUUUUGGCCAACUUCCGAUUGUUUUUACAUUGGGGUCCUUGAGAAGACACUCGUAUUUAGAUAACAAAUAAAUAACACAAUUGGGUAAUUUUGUAUUAAAGCUGUGUCAUGAAAACAGUUUCAAACAAAAAUAACAAGUUAAAAUUAUUAUAAAUAUUAAUAUAAUGCAUAUUUCAUAUAUAAACCAGUUGUUAAAUCAGAAUUUUCAAUGUUGCAAUGUUUCAAUGUCAAAGCGAGAUUUCAGUCGUCCUAAACCUUUAUAGAAAAUAAAACGUUUUAAAUAUUUUUUUUUGUCUUUGUAGAGAAAUUAAAUGAAUAGUUGCUCAGGUGAAUAAAUAAAUACUUGUGUUUUGUCCAUAUUUUGAGGGCAUUGUGAAUUGUACCCCUGGUACAUGUACUUGUUGGCUGUUCACGGAGUCUUAACUCGUCACAGGGAGGGGGGUAGGCAUACUUCAUCAUGGUUCUUGUUAAAAUGUUUGUGUAUAUGCGGGUAAACAGCACUUUGAUGGCAUUCUUCGAUAAUACUGUAAUUUUUUUGUCCAAAAACUUUCAUCAUGGCAUGGACCCAUUCUUUCAUUUUUAAUAACACAUAGUUUUCAUUGGCCACACGGUAUUUUGUUGUAUCAAUAGAUAACAUUUUAGUGUCAAAUUAAAUUUAAAAAAAACAACAGGUUACUAGCUUUCCAUGAAAAUUGUCACAUCCAAAUAUGUUCAGUUGUACACGAUUCUUGUCUAGAUUUUUAUCCUGAUUAUCAUAGUUCUAUAUAUAUAUAUAUAUAUAUUUUGCCAUAUCAUAUCGGGUUUUUUAUUAUAACAUUUUUAACACCACGAUUAAGGUAAUCUUUUACGAGGUGUGUGUGCGUGUUUUCCAACUUAGUACUCUCACAUGGAGCACUUUAGUGUAUGUGAAUCGUUACCCGAGUUUGAUCUCAAUUAUAAUCGGUCUUAUGUUAAUCAAUUGUAAGGGUUUGUUAUCAAUUUGAUUCGUAGACAUUUCCUUUUUUAGUAUGUUUUUUUUCCUUAUGACUUUUCUUGGCACACUCUUGGAUUAAUUUAGAUACUUAAACAAAAUUUGCAGAGAAGAAACCGAGCAUGGCACAUGUAAAAAAUUUGUGUUCAGAAAAUUGUCACAGACUACAAUAUAAAAGAUGAAAGCUCAAGAUUUAAUUAAUUAAAAACACAUUCCCAUUAUGACUUUUAAUUAUAUAAAAUGUUCAAUUGAUAAAAUUGAUGCUUAUUUAUUAGUUCAAAGUAACUUACAUUAAAGCUAUUAUUUUGUCAUAUUUCAGAUAUCUUUAUUUCUUUUAUUGUUUUUAUAAUGGAAAUGUUUUAUGAUUGAAAGCCAUCUGGAGGUACAUGCUUGCAUAAGAUUUUGCUAAUAUGGACAAAAGCAGAUAAUUUUAUAAGAUCCUAAAUGUUUUAAAAUUAAAUAAUUUGAAAAUUUAAACACUUGAUAAUGUCAAUAUCCUGCAAGUAUCCAGAGUGUUGCCAUUUUUUUUUUUUCCAUAUAUUUUUGAUUUUUUUUUUAAUUAUGACCUGUUUAUACUUAGUAUUUUGUAUUCCUUCAUUAUUAUACUACUCAUUUUGUCUAGUCAGUGUUAGACAGUUGUCGUGGUUACACCUAGUUACUUUAUAUCCAGUGUGCUAUAUCUCGCCAUAGCAGCUCAUCCUUACGUAUCCCUUAUUUGCUAUUUAUUUCAUUUAUGUAGAUUUCAUUUUGGCGAUGAAGAACACAGGAGAAUUGAGCAAGGACUAGAAACUGCUUCACAGAAUAGCUUGUCAAAGGAAAUAUGGGUUUCACUAGAGAAUACACACCUUUUUAGCCUCAUUCGAUAUUAUGGUUGUCUAUUUGCAAUUUUACUUAUCUUAAUGUAGUUCAUUAAUUCAUUUAGCAAUUAUUUCAUUAACUUUUAAAAUUUCUUGUAAAUUUAAUUUAAAUUCAACAUCAAAAAUGAAUUGCUUUUCAUACAAAUUAAUAUUCAGAAUACAUUUUUUAACAAAUAUUUGAACUCGCACUGGGCCAAAGGGGCCCAGUCGAGCUUAUGCCAUGGUGCAGUGUCCGUCAACUUUUCCUUUAUAGAAAGACUACUUAUACAGUAUGACUGAAGGGAUUCUGACUAAACUUUAUAUGGAUUAAUAUCCUUUGGUUUGGGGAAUUAAAUGGCCACCUUGGAGUAAAAGGGGUGGGGCUCGAAAGGAAAAAUGGGUGUAACUAAAGUUGAAUUGAAUAAUUUUUACGUGGACCUGAAAAGCUCCUGUUUCUUUUAUAUUGGUUUGAAAUCCAUAAUUGCUACCUUAUCCUCUGAUACAUCCAGAUAUUUCUGAUUAAUUUCUAAUUCCACCAGAUACAUUUUAUUUCAACUGUUAUUCCUCAAUAUUAUUUCAAUUCUUGCGUUAGAACUCUCAGAUAGCCAAGAUAGUCCAAGUUGGCAGAAACUUUUUGACUUUGUUCACUUCUGUUAAUAAAGAAACAGGUGACCGAUAAAGGCCCAAUGGGCAUCUUGUUUCGACAUGAAUUAAAGGCGAUUGCCUGUCUUAUUAUUCAGUGACAUUAUGGAUAAAGGUGAUUGCCUAUUACACUGUGAAGGGAAAGUAUCUUAUGAAUUUUUGCUAGUGUAUUUCAUUUUAACCACUGCAAUUUUUAAAUUAUAUUCCGUCUCUUUGUUGACAUUGAUGCCUGCAUUGUUGGGAGAGUGUAUUGAUAAACCUGGAGUCCGAUGUAACCAAACUUCUCUUUUUAGGUUAGACUUAAAUUAAGUUAACAAGAUCUAAAUAUUUUUAAAAAAUCAUCGGAAGAAAUCAAUUUCAAUAAGUAGUUUUAAACAGGAUCUUUAUUAUGUUGCAUAUAAUAUGUACCAUAAGUAUGUUCAAUCAAUAAUUGGGGAAGUUCUUUGUUUUGGACACUAGGGGUGGGGGGGUGGGUGGGUGUUCCACUAUGCCUAGACCAGUAAUGUUUCAGUCUUAAUGUGGUCUAAUUGCAUUUCAAAGUAGUAUUGGCUAUUGUCAAGGCCCUCUGCAGGAUGCAUCAAUACACGCUUCUAACAAAGCAGGCAAAUUCACAAGUAUUAUCAUUAACGCCCAUAUUAUUAUUGCACAUUCAUUGCCUGUUUUGACUUUUAUUAUGAUUUUUGUCGUUUUUUGUGUUUAACCAUAAUCCAUCGUUGUAUUAUAACACUGGUGUGCAAUAUUUCCAGUACUACAGACUGACUGGUGUCACGAUAGAAUCACAUUGGUAUGGGUCGCUAUACGCCAUUAUUUGUUGCUAACUUGUGAUGGUAGUUUCCAGCAGGAGUUGUUUAACAUCAGAUGGUAGAUCUAUCAGAUAACAUUCACCGUGGGAUCAAUAGCACUAUUAAAUUGAAUUCACCAUUUAA